AUGUUCAACAGAAAAUCAGCAGGUGAUGUUGAUCUCGAUCGAUUAUGUCAGUUACGCCACGAUCUUAAGCGGGAUCACAGAUUGCUCCUUGAUCUUCGCGCUCAACAUAACAAACAAUCUGCACUAUUACGGUCUCUCAAAAGCGAUUCAAAUAACAGUAACGAACAAGAAGCACAGAAAGCUAAAUCGAGGGAGCUCAAAAACAAAAUCAAAACGUUGGAACAAAGUUAUUACCAGCGUGAAAGAGAGCUGCUAAACCAGGCACUCAUGAUACCCAAUGAUAGCCACCCUAGUUCUCCGAUAGGUCCAGAAAAAAAUGCCCAUGUCAUGAAAAUAGUUGGCUCACCAAGGAUGAAUGAGGAGAGAACAGAUCACGUUGAUAUAGCCAAGACGUUGGGCAUUCUAGAUUUAGAACAGGCGGCUAGUUCAAGUGGAUCAAGUUUUUAUUAUUUACAAGGCAUGGGCGCCUUUUUGGAAUUAGCCUUAAUUCAGUAUGCAAUGCAGAAGGCAUAUUGUAAAGGAUUUUUUUCGGUCAUGACACCAGAUAUUGUGAGAACUCCAUUGGCUUAUCGAUGCGGUUUUCAACCCAGGAAAGAAGAGAGUUCACACAUUUACCAUUUGAAGAGAGAUGAAGACGACAAAGGUGAAGAAGAAGGGCUGUGCUUGGUGGGAACAGCAGAGAUUCCUCUUGCCGGUAAAUUUGCAUCUAAAUUAUUGCAAGAACGAGAAUUACCUCAGCGUUUGGUGGGCUUUGGACAUGCUUUUCGAAGGGAGGCAGGUGGACAUGGCAGUGAACCUCGCGGUCUUUAUCGCGUACAUCAGUUCUCGAAAGUGGAGCUGUUUGCUGUCACUACACCUGAGCAGAGCGAACCCAUGAUGGAGGAAAUUCGAAGCUUGCAAGAGGAGAUGUUUACAGAAUUGGGACUAUGUUUCCGGGUCAUGGAUAUGCCGACUGAGGAAUUAGGCGCAAGCGCUUAUCGAAAAUAUGACAUGGAAGCGUGGAUGCCAGGGAGACAACAAUGGGGAGAGAUAUCGUCCACGUCUAACUGUACCGAUUACCAAGCACGACGUCUAUCCAUUCGAUAUAAGCCAAGAUUUUCGCAGACUAAAAAAGGCAAUACAGACUUUUGUCAUACAUUGAACGGUACAGCCAUUGCAGUCCCUCGAGUGAUAAUCGCUAUACUGGAAACAUUUGUGCAAGAGGACGGUUCAGUACAGAUUCCGAAAGUUUUAAGGAAAUGGAUACCUGGAGAACCUGAAUUCAUAACUGCACUUAAUAAACGAUAA